UCCACUCCCACUAGCGCUACUACACAAAAGCGAGGGGGCACAACAAAACCCCCUUCCAUGAGCGCCCCGCCGCCACCGACCGCCGCCGCCGCCGCCGCCGCCUCUCGCCGGAGGUCACCCCGUCGGCCCGCCCCUCCCUCCACUCACUCAGCCAUAGAGAUAAUGCAAAGGGAUUAUGACAGAAGGAAUCUUCAACAAGAGAAGGAAAAGCAUUUGAUGCUUAUGGAGCCCCAAAAUCUCGGAAAUACAGACGAUCAAUUUGUCUGGCCCUGGAUGGGUGUUCUAGUUAAUGUGCCUACUGAGUGGAAGAAUGGACGCCAAGUUGGAGAAAGUGGAAAUCGGCUUAAAGAGCAACUUGCAUGCUUCUGCCCGCAGAAGGUUAUCCCUUUAUGGAAUUACAGAGGUCAUACCGGCAAUGCUAUUGUUGAGUUUGCAAAAGACUGGACUGGCUUCAAAAAUGCUCUUGCCUUUGAAAAUCAUUUUGAGGCAGAGGGCUAUGGCAAAAGGGAUUGGAAGCUGAAGCACAGGGGGUCAGGGAUGUUUGGAUGGGUUGCAAAAGCUGAUGAUCAUAGAUGCCAAGGGCCUAUAGGAGACUACCUGCAAAAGAAUGGCGAUCUGAAAACUGUCGGUGAUCUUGAAAGUGAAGGGACCCGUAAAACUGAUACGCUUGUGGCAACUUUAGCUAGCCAGAUUGAAGUAAAGAACAGGCAUGUGCAAGAACUGGAAAACAAGUGCAAUGAGACGACUGCAUCACUUGACAGGAUGAUGGAGCAAAGGGAGCUGAUCCUCCAGAAGUAUAAUGAAGAAAUUCGCAAGAUGCAGCUAAUUGCUCGUAGGCACUCGCAGAAGAUCAUUGAUGAUAAUAAAAAACUCCGCAAAGAUUUGGAGUCCAAGAUGCAAGAACUUGACUCAAGAUCCAAGGAGCUUGAUGACGUAGCUUUGCAAAGGGAUUAUGACAGAAGGAAUCUUCAGCAAGAGAAGGAAAAGAACAAAAUUAAAACUAAGCAUCUUAUGAUGGCAACAAUGGAGCAACAGAAGGCCGACGAGAACGUGCUUAAGCUUGUGGAAGAACACAAGAGGGAGAAACAAGCUGCUCUAGGAAAGAUUCUCAGGUUACAACAGCAGUUGGAUGCCAAACAGAAGCUUGAACUGGAAAUACAAUCACUAGAAAGCAAAAUGAAAGUUAUGAAGCAUAUGCCAGGUGAACAGGAUUCUGAAUCAAAGAAGAAGAUGGAUGAACUCGCUGAGGAGCUGAAGGAAAAGAUGGAUGAAAUGGAAGCAAUGGAGUUUCUGAACCAAACUCUGAUUAUCAAGGAAAGGAAGAGCAACGAUGAGUUGCAACACGCUCGGAAGGAGCUGAUACAUGGCUUUAAUGAGCUUGCUGUUGCUGGCCGAGCAAAUAUAGGUAUAAAGAGAAUGGGUGAGCUUGAUCUCAAAGUAUUUGGAAUUGCUUGCAGGAAAAGGUUACCAAAAGAGGAUGCAGCAGUCACUUCUGCUCUCCUUUGUUCAAAGUGGGAAGAAGAAAUUAGAAACCCAAACUGGUACCCUUUUAAGGUUAAAGUGGUGGAUGGGAAAGAAAUGGAAGUUCUUAAAGAGGACGAUGCGAUGCUCCAAGAGCUGAAACAAGAGCACGGUGAAGAAAUUUAUGGGUUGGUAACCAAGGCACUGCUUGAGAUCAACGAGUACAAUCCCAGUGGCCGCUAUCCUGUACCAGAGCUGUGGAACUACAAGGAAGGCCGGAAAGCAACGCUGAAGGAAGCCGUCCAGCAUGUUAUGAAGCAGUGGAAGACUCACAAGAGAAAACGUUGAACCAAUUAGUUGCAGGAAAGGCAGUAGAGCAACUAAGCAUGAUGUAGAAUGGGAAUGGUCUCAGUGUCAUUGUAUCCCCAAUUAUCAGGAGGUGUUAACUGAUGGUCUUCGCUGCAUUCUUUGGCCUCCCUUUUUCUGCCAUCAGGCCACAAGCAGGCGUCAGGAGUAGAAUGGUAGCGGUUACUGCAUUUGAAUAAAAAAUGCUGAAGGAUGAGAAAGGUCAAACAGUAAUGUGUUUCAUAACCUGAUCCUGAGUGUGAGCAGGCAAGAAGUAACCUUGAGAAAUCCUUCUGCAUCUUGCAAACUUAUGAAGGAGAGGCAUGAAAAACCUUCCUGUUCUUGCAUGAUACGCACGUGGACAAAUUCUUGGUUGAUGUAACUUAUGCCUGAUGACUCUGUGUACGAAUUACUACUAAAACUUCCAUGUGCCUAAAAUGUGUUGCAGUUAUAAAUUAUGAUUCUGUCAUGUAGAAUCUAUAAUUUUUCA